AUGAAGAACCAAAUUUGUUCUACGUGCUUUGCUCUCUUCUUGUUUCUUCUUCUUAUAAAGUGGCCAAGUGUUGAAGCUCAAACACAAAAAGGGGCAAAAAUGCUCCUCGGGGACAAUCCAUACACCAUUUACAAGUGUUCACCACUAGUGUCUAGCAAUACAAAGGCCAAGCUAACAAUCAACAUCUUUGAGAAAGGUGGGGAUGGUGGUGCACCAUCUCAAUGUGACAAUCAGUUUCACCCUGAUAACACCCCAGUGGUGGCACUAUCAACUGGAUGGUUCAACAAUAAGUAUAGAUGUUUGAAUUAUAUCACCAUCCAUGGAAACGGAAGGAGCGUCAAGGCUAAGGUGGUUGAUGAAUGUGAUUCUACUCUGGGGCGUAAUGGCGAUCAUGAUUACCAGCCUCCAUGUCGUAACAAUAUAGUUGAUGCCUCUAAGGCUAUUUGGAAGGCAUUAGGAGUAGCACAAAAUGAUUGGGGUGAAUAA